CCUGCCUCGAAAUGAAAAAAAAAAGAAGGAAACGGAACAGAAAUUCAGCGGCGAGCAAGACAAAAAGAAAAGGCACAAAAAAAUAAAUAUAAAAUAAAUAAAACAAAUAAACUGAACGGACUGUUUUAGAGAGAGAGGAAAGAGAGGGGAAGGAAGAGGAGAGAGAAGGGAGAAGGGGAACGGGGGAAAACAGAAUGGGUAAGGCGGCAGCAACGGCGGAGACAAUGACGAAGAAGCGGAAGAAAAAGGGACGGCCUUCCCUUCUUGACCUCCAAAAGCGAGCUCUCAAGCAAGAAUUGCAGCAGCAGCUGCAGCAGAAGAAUCCUCCGCCCAAGAAUCGCAAUCAAAACCCUGCUCGCCAAAACCCUAUUUCCCUCCUCAAUUCCCGCCGAUCUGCCCGCCGGAACCCUCAAUCUGGCGGCGACGAUGACGACGGAGAUGGCGAUGACGACGAAGACGAUGAUGAGAGGAAGGAGAAGAAGCACAAGCUUCUGCUCGGCCUGAAUUCCCAGCAGCAGCAAUCGAAUCCCCUUUUCCGUUCGAAUUCCUCUGCCUCUAAUUCUUACGGGUCGGGUUCCGAUAAUACCGAGGCGGCUGCGUUGGCCAUCGUCAAGCACCGCCAGAUCGGAGGUGUCCGCCUCGGAUCUGAUGAAACGGGUGAAAAGUUUUGGAAAGCGACGGACACUCUUCAUGGGUUAUCAGGGGAGGAGCCUGGUCCCACGACGACACCUUUGCCAGACAAAAAGUUGUUGGUCUUCAUUCUUGACAGACUUCAAAAAAAGGAUACCUAUGGAGUUUUCUCCGACCCUGUGGAUACAGAGGAGCUUCCUGAUUAUCUUGAUAUCAUUGACCAUCCCAUGGAUUUUUCUACGGUUAGGAAGAAGCUAGAUGGCGGGGAGUACUCCAACUUGGAACAAUUUGAGGGAGAUAUUUUCCUUAUUUGUUCAAACGCAAUGCAGUAUAAUUCUUCCGAUACCGUUUACUAUCGACAGGCACGCUCCAUACAAGAGCUAGCUAAGAAGGACUUUGAAAAUCUGAGACAAGACAGUGAUGACGGUGAACCGGAAGAACCCAAAGUGGAGAAAGUCGUGAGGAGGGGCAGGCCACCAGGGAAGUCAAAAAAGUCACUCGAGAAGCCUCCACUUGACCGCUUGGCAAUCGAGUUCUCGUCUGAUGCAACACUCGCCACCGGAGGCGAUAACUCUAUCGGGUCGAAUGGUUAUAAUCUCAGGAAAACGACGUUGUUCAAGCAACCUUCUGAUGCAGUUUUGAGAAUCACUAAUGGGCCUCACAAUGGGGAAACGAACGUUUCGCAACCCGAAUGGGAAAAUGAGUUUCCAGCUUCUGUGGUGAGGGCUGUGAUGAAACAUUCAAAGAAAACAUUAGUAGAUGAGAACAGGCGUGAUACAUAUAAUCCUCCUUCAGCUUCCUCCGCACACGAGCCAUCCAUCUUGAAUUCAUUGGAUGGAGAAUUGAAGCAACUAGUCGCGGUUGGGCUAAGCGCGGAGUAUGGUUAUGCAAGAAGCCUAGCUCGAUUUGCAGCUGGCCUUGGUCCAACAGCAUGGGCAGUAGCUUCUAAAAAGAUUCAGCACGUAUUGCCUACGGGAGUCGAAUUUGGUCCUGGAUGGGUAGGAGAAAACGAUGUGGUCCAGAGUGGCCGUGUUUUAUCCAAUGAUACUGCGUCCGAUGAUCCAUCUAACAGUCAUCAAACCCUCUCAACAGGCAUAAGUACGACCCCGACUGUAAACAUGCAUCAGACAUGGAGCAGAGAAGAUACAGCAGUGAGAAGUGGUGCCGUUGGACCAUCAACUCCGUUCAACGACUGCAUUACUCCUACCAUGAAGCCUAUGGCACCGCCGCUAGCUCAACAGAAAAUUCGAGGUGUUGCCUCUUCAUUCGACUGCAGUACUUCUCAGGUUGGCGUGCUUCCAACGACACCCUACCGGCCAUUUGGUGUGGUUCCGAGUUCGUACACAAGUUUCGGUCAAAUACAGCAGGGGCAUGCUUUCGAUCCGAACAAGGGAAAGCCAGGAACUUUCAGCUCGGGUACGUCAUCAGCUCCUGGCAGCAGUAUACCAACAACCACGACAGGGUUUGCUGGGAGAACCGUGGGGUCUCAGGGACUACCGCCAGCACCGCUGUACCAUAAUGAGCAGGAGCUCUUCCAGUUCCCUACAGACCUAAACGUCAGUUUCUUGUCGCCAGGUUCGCCCAAUUCGUCUGGGGUUGUUCCGAUUGGUUCCCCAAAGCAGCCAGACUUAGCAUUGCAGCUUUGAGGGAUGAUUGAUUUAGAGAGUGUAGGGAUGGCUUACUGGUUUAUUAUUUUAGUUUUUCUUGUGGGGUUUUAGGACCCCGCCAUUAUUUGGCUCUCUUUUGAACUGACUAAUAUGUAGGAGGGGAAGAAGGGAAAUGGGAAACAAUAAGAUGGGAGAUUUGGGGGAGGGGAUUGGGUUGGGUGAAAGGGGGUAUUUAAGGAUUUAGGCGAUGGCCUUUGUAUUGAGCAUAAUUGAAGUUAGUUGUAUACUCUGAUGAUUGGAAGGGAAAGGAGACGGAAUUUAUGGUGUAGGGGAGUGGGAAAUCUGUAUAGAUUUUAUGGGAUUGUAUCAAAAUUUUAAUAUGUGUAGGUGAAAGAAACCACAGAUUAACAGUUCAUAUGGUGUUCUCAUUUCGUACUGCUUUUUGUAAGAGAUUCUCCCAUUCUGUUU